AGAGUUUGAGGACGUUUGUCCCACUUUUUUGUUGGACCUCGAAGUAUCCUCAGAGACUUUUAUUACUCGGGUGUUGGACGCUCCACAGCAGCUUCACGAUGGAGCUGAAGGACUUCUGCAUGACGGGCGACCUGCUCAGCCCGCAGCGCAUCCUGGACUCCUCUUCUCCCUCCUCCUCCUCCCCCAGAGAUGAACCUCAAUCUCCACCCUCCUUCCUCCACUCCUCCCCCAUUGGUCCCGCCUUUCCUCUGGAAGCCACUCCCACUCUCAGCCCUUCACAUGCAGAAUUCUUCCUCCACAGCCCGGCUUCUUCCUCCUCCUCCUCCUCAUCCUCCUCCUCCUCCUCACCGUACAGUCUCCUGUGCCGAGCAGCGGAGCCCGACUCCCCGACAGGAUGUAACAUCGAGUACAGCUGCCCGGUGAUGAACGAGUGCGAGAUCACGAAGCGGAGGAGGAAAGCCUGUCAGGCCUGCCGCUUCCAGAAGUGUCUGCGGGCCGGGAUGAUGAGGGAGGGUGUCCGUCUGGACCGCGUCAGAGGGGGGCGCCAGAAGUACAAGAGGCGGGUGGAGACGGGACUGAGUUUAUGCAGCAAAGCCCCGUACAGCCACCUGAGCAGCAGCAGGAACAAGGUCAUUUCCCACCUGCUGCUCACAGAGCCCGCCCCUUUAGCUGCCAACCAGGACGAUUCGACCAAUGACAGCAGCUUGCGGAUCCUGCUGAUCCUGUGUGACCUCCUGAACCGGGAGCUGCUGGUUCUGAUUGGCUGGGCAAAACAGAUCCCAGGCUUCUCCGGACUCUCAUUGGUCGAUCAGAUGUCGCUUCUGCAGAGCGGCUGGAUGGAGGCGCUGCUGGUGGGUGUGGCCUGGCGCUCCCAGGGCGCAGGGGGGGACGAGCUCGUGUUUGCCGGGAAUCUGUGUCUGGACGAAGCUCAGUGUCGAGCCAUGGGAUUGGCUGACCUGUACGAGGCGCUGCGUCACCUGAUAGUGAAAUACAGAGCGAUGAAGCUGAGCCCUGAGGAGGUCGUGACCCUGAAGGCCAUGGCGCUUGCCAACUCUGACGCCGACCCGGUGGACUGCCCGGACUCGCUGCAGAGGUUUCAGGACGGGCUCCACGAGGCGCUGCAGGACUACGAGUCGUCCCGCCGGGAGCAGCACCGAGCAGGACGGCUGCUCAUGACCCUCCCCCUGCUACGACAGACCGCCGACCGAGCCGUGCAGGCUUUCCUGCGGCUGCACCGCCACCGCCACGUCCCCAUCCACAAACUGCUGCUGGAGAUGCUCGACGCCAAGGCCUGACCUUCCUGUCGGCCAUUUAUCGGGGAGACUGUAAAAUGACCCAAUGCACUUGACUUUUAGCUUUCAGAGAAGUUAUAUUUUUGUAUCAUGAUGUGUUGAGAUGUUUGUUUGUUGGCAGAAAUGAGCUUCCGUAUUUUUUGUUUAUGGGACCGUUCAGUAAAGCUCAUUUCUGCUCAAAGAUCCAGCGUUACAGCUUUUCAUCAGAAAACAUUCAAGUGGAACCGUUCUACUCAUUUGCAGCUUGGGUUCUGCUAGGGCAGCUUUGCAUGAGUCACAGUUCAGAAUAACCCUUCUUUGUCUGAUACUGGGCCUCGGUCUCAAACAAGCUACUCCCCAUUUAAGGGCUACCGUCCUACUUAAAUGUUUGAACGGCGAGUGGGCGGGGCCUUUAUGUCUGAGAUGACUACAGUAGGGAUUUCCUCUGUGACAUCACACAGACCAACAUCAGAAAAAAGUGUUUGUCUCACUGAAGUCGUUAUUAGAAACUUGGCUCAUGUUUAUUAUGAACAGGAAAGCAGAACAGAGCCCCUUUAACCAAUCAGCAAACACUUCUUUAAGCUCCGCCUCCUGUAGGUAAAGGUGGGCAUUCUAGAGUGAGAUUUAAAUUUAUUUUUAUAAACUAAAAUAUUUUGGUGGGAUAUUUAUUUUUCCACAAUGACGCGAUCAAACUGCGACGCUGAGUCGUCGUUUAAAUGGCUGUGGAUGUUUACUGUGUCAGAAAUGUUUGUUAUAAUAAUAAAUUAAAGCUUUUGGAAUAAAAUCGUCUUUUAUCUUCUAAAA